AUGUCGGGCACCUCAUGCAGGAGAAGCGCGAAAAAGGACAUGAAGCACAGUACUGCACUGCACCGGGGCUGGGCUUCACUGGAUCAGGAUGGCGGACCGCUGCCUGAGUGGCCCCCGCCCCAUCUCACGAUGGCCUCCCGAAAAGGAGUCGGCGAGGCCGCUCUUGGCAACCUUAUUGGACGUAGUACGUUGUCGAGUGCUCAACGGCCAAUCAGGGGGGGUGCUUGAUAGGUAUCCAGAUCAUUCCGGUUGGUGUCUCUUACCCCCUCCCUUCCCUUCAUCCCCCAGAGGUCUUGAGGUUAGCAGCAAACCCUCAAUGGUACGAUAAGAGAGAACGCGGCGUCCCCGCUACUGCCUGUCAGGGCCGCCACGUUAGAAAUUGUCUGAGGCACAAGCUUCGGAGGCUUUAUCCUGGCGCCGUCUUGACGCUUAGCUUUCGUGUCAGUGGGCUCGAAAUCUGACCGGUCUGUCUCGUUUUCUCCCUGGCCGUGGCAUGACCACGAGCAGCAUGAUCGGUUUCCAACGAGAGGGUCGCACGUUGAAAAAGAAAGUCAUCGCAUAGGAGU